AUGAUAGCAAAGUCUCAAUAAUGUAUUUAUUUUUUAAAAUCAUUAGUUUUUAAACAAAUUGAUCUGUUUGGAUAAAGUAUAUCCUUAAACCUAAAUGGAGAAGAUUAAUAUAAAACUGGAGGAGGAGGAAUUUUAUCUUGUAUGAUUGUGGCAAUUGUUGCUAUAUUUUUUUAAUCAAACAUAAUUGAUUUUUUAGGAAAGACUAAUAUUACUGCAGAGACAUAAACAGUAUUUGAAGAAAACCCUGAUAGAAUAAAAUUUACAUCAGAUAAUUUUAUGUUUGCUAUUUCAAUCGAAUAAAAAACAGCCUUCAAUACAAAUCCAUUUUUUAACAUUUCAAUAAAAGCCAGGUAUAUUUAUAUUAUAAAAUAAAGAACAUAUGUAAGGUUGAGUAAUGGAACAACGAUUAAAUAUGAAAAUCUAACAAAUUUAGUCCCUUGUACAUUAGAUAGAUUUCAAAAAAUAUUCGAUAAAUAUGAUCUUAAUUUUACAGACCAAUAUAAUUAAUUAGGAUUAUCAACAUGGCUUUGUCCAGAGUAAUUUCUUAAUAUAUAAUAUAGACUCAAUUACUCAUUGACUGUAGGUGGUAGAUAUUCUAGUGAGUAUUUAGAUUUUGCAAAAAUUGAAAUAACAGAUUGUAAAAAUGAUACUUCAAAAAAUGCUUAUUUAACUUGGCAUCCAAAUUGUGCAUCUCAAGAUGUAAUGAAUUCAUGGUUAUCAAGUGAAGGUUCUUAUAGGAUAAGGAUGUAUUUGAAAUCAUUUUAUAUCUAGAUACAUGACUAACACUGUUGUUAAUCCAUCAAAACCAACAGAAUACCUAUAAGGUUAUUUAGAUGACGAAGUCUACUUUUAAUUUGUUCCUUUUAAGUUAUCACGUUAAUCAGACAUAUUUUUUAAAAAAUAUUAAAUCAAAACUGAUUAGAGCUUAGUUCCAGUCUUUGAUGAUGAACAAAUAGAAAAUGUAUUUAUGAAAGAACCUGCUGAUUUCAGAGAUAUUACUACUUUGGGAUCUCCAACAGAUAAAUAAUACAUAGCUUUGUAUUUUAGAAGAAGUCCUUAUACAAAAUAUAUCACAAGAUAAUUUUAAAAAGUUGAUGACCUUUUAUCGUACUUAGGUGGUUUUGUCAAUAUAGUAGUUGUAUUUUUGGGAUUUUUUGUUGCAUUUUAUAAUAAAUAAUAAUGUAUGAAAUCUAAAUAAAUAUUUAAUAGAUUUAAUUGAACUUGCAAAUAAAGUUUAUGAUUUUAAUUUUGAUAAUAGCAAAAAUUCUUAAAAGAUUAGAAAUGAUGACUUAGUUAAGAAAAUUACUUAAAUAAAAAAAAAGACAUAAACACCUAAAAUAUUAGAAAUAUAAGAUUCAAAUUUGCCUCCUAAGAAAUCACUCACUUAACCUUUAUAAGAUGAGGAGAUUCGAAUAUAAAUUCCUAAUGAAGAUACUCCUUAUAAUACAACAAACUAAAAGUAGAUGAUAAAAAAUACAUCUUCAGAAAUAAAAUCAGAAUUUUAAAAGCAAUAAGAAGAAAUAGUUUCAAAACUUGGUUUUAAAAGUCGAAAAGAAUAUUUAACAUCUUAGAUUUCUUAAGUUCUAACUAGAGCUUAACCAAUUUAAUUUACAUUUAAAUUCCUUUGUCAUCAAAUGACAGGUGGUAGAUGUUUUAAAGAUAGAACUUCUAUACUGUUAAUGAAAGCAGUGUAUAUAAUAUAAUUUAAUUAUGUUUUAGAGAUAGAAUAAAUUCUGAUAUUGACAUCUAUGUUAUUUUAGAAAAAGUUAAAGAAAUUAAUUUAUUAAAGGAAUUAAUGUUAGAUAAAAAUUAAUAAAUCUUGUUUAAUUUUGCUCCUAAACAAAUAAUAUCACUUUUUGAAGAGAAAAAAUUGCCAAGUAGAGUAGAAGUUUAUACGUAAAUUUUAAUAAUAAAUUAGAUAAAAAUUAACAGAAAAUUCAAAUUCAUCUAUGUCAGUGGGUUAAAUUGCUUAAUUGGCUAUGAAGAAACAUUCAGAUGCUAAAAAAGCAGGAAUUCCUUCAUCUAUUAAAGCAUAUUAAAAAUUAUAUAAAGUAAAUAAAAUUUAAUGAGAAAAGGCUUAUGAUAAAAUAAAUGAUCCUUAAAAAGAAUUAGGAAGAGUGAAUGAAUAGUUAAUAGAUAAAUUAGGCAAAGAAAUACGAGAUAUAUUUGAAGUUUCAUAAUUUAUAGAUUUCGAUCUAGUGGAAUAAAAAUUGAGUCAUAGAAUAAAAUAUAUUUUAAGAAAAAAGGUAAAAUAAAUGAGGUAGAGUAAAUCAAAAUCUUAGUUAAAAAAAGACUUUGAUGAUGAUUCAUCUGAAAAUUUUGGGCUUUUUAGUUAAGAGAGAAAUAAUAAACCUGAUAAUAGUGGUAUAUUACAAAGAGAAAUAUUAUUUCCUCAUAGAAAUUUUUGAAUUACUGAG